ACCACCCUUCCCUUAAAGCAAAAAAAAAAAAAAAAAUCCCUUCUCCGUAGAUCUCAUCAUCAUCUCCGAAAAAGACCUCAUUCUCGUUCUCUCUCACCUUCGGUGAAUUUCAUCAGAGGCAUUCAACAUGUGCCGGCAAAAUUCUCCGGUGCAUAAUUCCGCUGAAGAUGAAAUUGCAGCUGAUGAGAGUCUUUUGAUUUAUUGCAAGCCUGUUGAAUAUUACAAUAUUAUCUACCGUCGUUUUCUUCACAAUCCUAGUUUUCGGAAAAAAUGUUUGAGCUAUAAAAUCAAAGCAAGGCGCAAUAGGAGGUCGAGAACAGGAAUUGUGAUUUUCAACUAUAGGGACUGUUACAACAUGCUUCGAAAGACUGAAGUGACUGAAGACUUUUCUUGUCCAUUUUGCUUAAUGCAGUGUGCGAGCUCUAAGGGCUUGCGUUUACAUCUUUGUGCAUCACAUGAUCUGUUCAACUUUGAGUUCUGGGUUACCGAGGAUUACCAAGCAGUGAACGUCUCUGUGAAAAUUGACAUAUUGAGAUCUGAGAAUGUUGCCGAUGGAGUAACUCCACAAUCAGAAACCUUCUUCUUCUGUUCAAGACCUCUAAAGCGCCGUAGAGAAAAAGACUCUGUUCAAAAUGAGAAGCACGCCAAUGUAAAGUUCCUGAAGUUGGAUUCACCAGAAGGCACACCGAAUGGGAUACUGCAGAAAGACAAUGGUGUCCUGUCCUACAAAGGGGAGAAUAUGUCUAGAGCAUCUCACACUUUGCAAAAUGAAGGAAAUGGCGGGGUAAAAUUUGGUCCUGAUCAUCCUAGCACCACAAAUCACCUGGAACAUGUAGAUUCUAGUGUUAACAAUACAGGUGUUUCAAUUGCCAUGCCCCAAUCUUCUGAGGACCCUGAAUGUGGGAAAUCAAUACAUAGAAGUGAUCCUGCUCUGCCAACUAAAGCAAAGAAAUUAAAUGCGGACCGUUCAGACUCAAAGAAUCGUAUCCUCCUGCAGAAGAGGCAGUUCUUUCACUCGCAUAGAGUUCAGCCCAUGGCACCAGAACAAGUGGUAUCAGAUCGGGAUAGUGAAGAUGAAGUGGAUGAUGCAGUUGCUAACCUGGAAGAUAGAAGGAUGCUUGAUGAUUUUGUAGAUGUUUCCAAAGAUGAAAAGGAGUUCAUGAAUCUUUGGAACUCUUUUAUGAAGAAACAAAGGGUACUGGCUGAUGGUCAUAUGCCGUGGGCUUGUGAGGCAUUUUCCAAGCAUCAUGCAGAAGAGCUGAUCUCUUCCCGAGCUUUACAUUGGUGUUGGUCAUUAUUCAUGAUCAAACUUUGGAAUCAUGGUCUUCUUGAUGCGUGCACAAUGAACAACUGCAGUUUAAUAUUAGAGCGCUUCAAAAUCGGGGGAUCCGAUACUGUCACAAAUUGAAGACAAACUGACUCAACCAAAACAAUAUACAGUUUUUGCUUGCCUUUUCUCUUAUUAAAUUGUACUACAUUAGUCAUAUUAAGGUGUAUGCAACUAAAAUAUGGGGGGUUGGGGGAGGUCUCUUAGGUAUGUUUCUUACUGAAUUACAUAUUCCCUAAGUUAUAUAACACCAAAAAAAAAAUUUAAAAUGAAGAUAAACAUGUAUAAAGUACUCUAGUUUUAUAAUAUCUGCUUAAAAAAAUGUUUUAUUACAUUAUACACAAUUUUUCUGAUUUUUACUGAGAUUGAAAUGUUAUAAUU